AUGUCUCAGGGGCUCCCGGCCGCCGGCGGCGUCCUGCAGAGGAGCGUCGCGGCGCCGGGGCACCAGCAGCAGCCGCAGCCGCACCCCCAGAGCCCUGAGGAUGAUGACAGGAAGGUACGAAGGAGAGAGAAAAACCGAGUUGCUGCUCAGAGAAGUCGGAAGAAGCAGACCCAGAAGGCUGACAAACUCCACGAGGAAUACGAGUGCCUGGAGCAGGAGAAUGCCCUGCUGCGGCGGGAGAUCGGGAAGCUGACCGAGGAGCUGAGGCACCUGAGCGAGGCGCUGAAGGCGCACGAGAAGAUGUGCCCACUGCUGCUGUGCCCCGUGAACUUUGUGCCCAUGCCCCGGCCUGACGCUGUGGCUGGCUGCCUGCCACCCUGAAGGCCCAAGACCGAGGCUGGGGCCUCUUCUUCCCCCAGAGGAAGCACAUCUGGCCGCAUCUGCAUGUGGGGGACCAGAGGGUGGACCAGGUGCGUUGCAGUCUGUCUGCAGCCCCGCUCAGGACAUACUCCUAGGAACCUGACUCAGCCCUGGGAGGAGACACUGCAAAAGACUGCCCACAGCAGUCACUUCCCAUCAUCCCCUUUGGCAGCUACUGGGUUCUGCCAUCAUGCAGAAUCCUUUCCUCUGGA